GCCCGUCCCAUGAGCCCACAAACCCCUCAGGAGUGCCGGAGAGAGCCGUUACGAUAAACCGUGAGAACUAUCUUCAUUUAUUUUCUUUUCAUUUCCACAUUUUUCACUGUCGAGGUUCCAGCCCAGGGAUGAGGAAUGCAGUUUGCAGCUCGCGGCUCGCUGGGUGUCAAAGACCCACUUUUGCCGACUGGAAUUGAGGAGAAUGAAAGCAUCACAAAACAUUCACCUCCACCAAAAACAAAUCUGGGUCCCCUUUCCCUCCAGCGAAUACCACGCAACCUAGAACCGGAAGUCCCGCCCCCCCGAAGGAAGGAGGAAGCAAACAGCCAAUCCAAAGGAGGGCAAUUCUUCCUCGGACCGGACAGCGAAACCUGAGAGGAGUUUGAGACCGGAAGCAGCAAGGGGGCUGGGCCCCAUGCCGGAAGUGAGAGUCCUGUAGUUCCCCCACCCCCUCACGCAUGGCACAGUACUCGGCUGGAGGAGCGCCCGCCACCUGAGGCGAAGAACCGUAGCGAGGGUUAGAGACCGGGACGCAGUUUGGAGCUGGGGCCUCAGAGACUGUGGGACCGUCCCACAGUCAGGUCAUGGGCUCCAGCAGCCACUGGAGAGCGUGGUUCCCGAGCUUGCGGGUGCACCCCGCCGGGGUGUUCGGGGUAGCCUUUCUUGCCCGCGUUGCCCUGGUGUUCUACGGGGUCUUCCAGGACCGGACCCUGCGCGUGAGGUACACGGACGUCGACUACCAGGUCUUCACGGACGCUGCGCGGUACGUCGCGCAGGGGCGGUCCCCUUACCUGAGGGCGACCUAUCGUUACACCCCGCUGCUGGCUUGGCUCCUCACUCCUAACGUCUGCCUCAGUGAGCUGUUCGGAAAGUUUCUGUUCAUCAGCUGCGACCUCCUCGCCGCUCUCCUCUCGUACCGCCUGCUGCUUCUGAAGGGGCUCCAGCAGCGCCAGGCUUGUGGCUACUGCAUCUUCUGGCUCCUCAACCCGCUACCCAUGGCGGUGUCCAGCCGAGGCAACGCGGACUCCAUUGUCGCCUCCCUGGUGCUUAUGGCCCUGUACUUAAUAGAGAAACGACUCCUCGCGUGUGCCGCUGCGGUCUACGCUUUCGCGGUGCAUCUGAAGGUGUAUCCGGUGACCUAUGCCCUUCCCAUAGCUCUCCACUUGCUUCCCGCGCGCGACAGUGCCGAACUCCACCAGUCCCGGCAUUCUCUCCGGGCCCGUUUGUACGCGUUCCUGGAGAGGCUGUGCAGUCGGCCAGUACUGAUCUUUGCAGCCGUUGCUGCACUCACAUUUUUUGCGCUGAGCUUUGGUUUUUACCGUAAAUACGGUUGGGAGUUUGUGGAGCACACCUACCUUUAUCACCUGACUAGGCGGGAUAUCCGUCAUAACUUUUCUCCGUACUUCUAUAUGCUGUAUUUGACCGCGGAGAGCAAGUGGAGUUUUCCCCUGGGAAUCGCUGCGUUCCUGCCACAGUUUAUCUUGCUUUUGGCAGUGUCCUUCACCUACUACAGAGACCUUGCCUUUUGUUGUUUUCUUCAUACGUACAUUUUUGUGACUUUUAACAAAGUCUGCACCUCCCAGUACUUUCUUUGGUACCUCUGCCUUCUGCCCCUUGUAAUGCCGCUCGUGAGAAUGCCUUGGAAAAGAGCAGUCGUCCUCCUAAUGUUAUGGUUUAUAGGGCAGGCUCUGUGGCUGGCACCUGCAUAUCUCCUUGAGUUUCAAGGAAAGAACACAUUUCUGUUUAUUUGGUUAGCUGGCCUGUUCUUCCUGUUUAUCAACUGUUCUGUUCUGAUUCAGAUUAUUUCCCAUUACAAGGACAAACCCCUGACAAAGAGAAUCAAACAUGACUAACCGACCAAAAAAAGGAGUUUUGGAAUUUUUUCUGAAUAUUCUAAGCACUCUAGCGAAAAUGUCUUUGUCCCAACAGGAAUUAAAACCAGUGUUUGCCUUAUACAUAAUAGGCACUCGAUAACUGAAGCUCACCUUUUAGAAAAUCUUGGGACUCAUUUAGACAUAAUGGAAAGUAAAGGGUACUUGUUUUAAAAUAGAAAGGCCAGUUGGGUGUGGUGGUGCAUGCCUAUGAUCCCAGCACUCAAGCAGGCUGAAGCAGAAGGAUCACAAAAAUUCUAGAUGAAAAACCUUUUUAGCAAAUAGAAAUUUACACUUGCUCUUAGCCAAAAGACUGAGAAGUGAUAACAAAUAGAAAUUUAAAAUUAAAUAAGAAUAUACUAAGGUUUUAAUGUAUACUUAAAAAAAUGUCUUUGGAUAUUUGUGGUCCUUAAACAUAUAAACUAUUAGGACAUCUUAGUAUAUUCUUAUCUCUGUAAUUUUAAAAAAGUUUUUCAUCUAGAAUUUAGUUUUGUUAUUGGUGUUGCAAAUAUAUUAGUAGAAUAUUGUUUUAUCACUAAAUUUGUCAGUAAGAUAUUUCCCAGCUUAAACACACCCCACUUAAUUAAAAUUCUGUGAUGGAAAUGGAGACCUUCAAGGGAGGCUCCUGGAAAACAUAAACAGCAACAUUGUAAGAAGCCAUUGCUGUAUUAAAAUAGGAAAUUGGGGAGGGGGAUAUGUGAAAAUGAAGUUUUAGUGGGCAGAUCUGUUUCCCUUAUCACUGUAAUACAUCUGGGGAAAACUGCAUUCUGAAUUGUUUGAACAAGAAUCCUAAAAAAUUUUUUAAAGAUACGUAUAUAUAGCCCAUAAUGUUUGGGGGCUUCCUAACAUUCUAAAAUGUGAUAGCAAUGUAUGAGUAUGAUUUUGUGGUUGUGGUUUUAAAAGAUGAGCCACUUAAUAAAUUAUUCUUUUAGUCAAAAA